GUCAGAGAGACCCGGAUCAGGCUCACACUAGUGAUAGUGAUGAUGAAAUCAAUCAAGGCGCAGAUUUCCAGGAUUUUGCUGCUGAUGAUGAUGUCCAAACUCACAGGGUUGUCAUGAAGAAAGAAGUCCACAAGCGGACAAUGCUGGGGGAAGAUGGGCAGGAGCAGACACUUGUCAGAGAAGACUCUCAGAUCCAGCAGGACAAUGAACCUCCCGAGGAACUGCAGGAGUCCAUGCAGGAAAUCAUCAGACAGUUCAUGGAGUCGGAUCCUCAGCCUGGACAACUGCCAGAGCGUAAGUCUCUGGAAAAUGAUGUCUAA